CGCAAGUUCAAUUGAUGACACGUGCCUUUACUUCUGACCAGUGACCGCCAUGUUCUACUAUAAUGUCCAACAACUAUAUAACGUCCUGUCAUUCCAUGUCCACGCUCCAGAGCCUCCAUGAGCACCACUCUUCUCGAUAACAUCCAAGACUUCUUGCAGCGUAAUCCCCAGACUGUAGUCGCGGCUACCACCGUCGUAGCUGUGUCUGCGGCAUGGAUGCUCGACAACUAUGCAAAGUAUAUCAGCCUUGGCCAGGGAGGAUUGCCGUGCAACGCUGCCGGAUGGUUGUUCUCGACGCUGCUGAAGCCGUUUGGUCGCGAGACGGUGUCGACGGAGGAGUAUGACCGGGAUUCGAAUACCGAUGUGUGGCUCGGUAAGAUCCCGAGACGACGCAAUGCGAGGCCGCCCUUGGGGUGGCAUCCGAUUCCACACAGACAACUCGCGCAGGUGCCCAGCGACGCUAUGAAGAAGAAACUGCAGGUCCUGUUUGACAGUAUCGGCAAAAAGAACUCUAUGCUCGUUGAAUACCGCGUAUCAUCCCAUGAAGGGCACGUACCUGGCAUACAUAUCCACUCCUCUAUCUCUCCGCCGCAUGAAGUCGCCCGAGUCUCGCUUCUCGAGAUCAGCCAUAUCCAUACCCCUGACCAUUCACUGCAUGUCGUGCUUGCACCCCAGGACUGUAAACAAGUUAUCGAGAAGGGAUGGGGUGAGCGGCAUCCAUUUAGCGGCGCCAGGAGGGUCAUCAGUUUACCGAAAGAAUACUUGAUGAUAUAUGGGCCUCGGGAUGACGAAGAGCUUGCUGUCAUUGAGCGUAUCCUCAAAGCGGGUGUUGGGUAUAUGACUAACAGUCGUGAGGUUGUUUGAAGCGGAUGUUGGAUGCAGUC